GGCGCUCCUUCUUCUAGCCGUCGCAGUCGCGGCCCAGAGCCGUAGCGGAGCAGGCGGAGAGAUGGCGUCUCAGCCGCCGCCGCCCCCGAAACCCUGGGAGGCCCGCCGAAUUCCCGGGGCCGGCUCGGGCCCGGGUGCGGGCCCCGGUCCCACUUUCCAAUCUGCUGAUCUGGGCCCUGCUUUAUUGACAAGACCUGGACAACCAACACUUACCAGAGUGCCCCCACCUAUUCUUCCCAGGCCAUCCCAGCAAACGGGGAGCAGCAACAUAAACACUUUCAGACCUGCUUACAGUUCGUUUUCUUCUGGAUACGGAGCCUAUGGAAAUUCGUUUUAUGGAAGCUAUAGCCCUUACAGUUAUGGAUAUAAUGGUUUGGGCUUUAACCGCCUCCGUGUAGAUGACCUUCCGCCCAGUAGAUUUGUUCAGCAAGCUGAAGAAAGCAGUAGAGGUGCAUUUCAGUCCAUUGAGAGUAUUGUGCAUGCAUUUGCCUCUGUCAGCAUGAUGAUGGAUGCUACCUUUUCAGCUGUCUAUAACAGUUUCAGGGCUGUAUUGGAUGUAGCAAAUCACUUUUCCCGCUUAAAAAUACACUUUACAAAGGUUUUUUCUGCCUUCGCGUUAGUUAGGACUAUAAGAUACUUGUAUAGACGGUUGCAGUGGAUGAUGGGUUUAAGAAGAGGCUCAGAGGAUGAGGACCUAUGGGCAGAAAGUGAAAGAACUGUGGCCUGUCUUGGUGCCGAGGACCAAGCAGCUAACUCAGCAAAAUCCUGGCCAAUCUUCCUGUUCUUUGCUGUUAUCCUCGGUGGUCCUUACCUUAUCUGGAAACUUCUUUCUACACACAGUGAUGAAGUAACAGACAACAUCAACUGGGCAAGUGGUGAGGAUGACCAUGUAGUUGCUAGAGCAGAAUACGAUUUUAAUGCCGUGUCUGAUGAAGAAAUUUCUUUCCGUGCUGGUGAUAUGCUAAAUUUAGCUCUCAAAGAACAACAGCCCAAAGUGCGUGGUUGGCUUCUGGCUAGUCUCGAUGGCCAGACAACAGGACUGAUCCCUGCAAAUUAUGUCAAAAUUCUGGGUAAAAGAAGAGGCAGAAAAACAGUGGAAUCGAGUAAAAUUCUCAAGCAACAACAGUCUUUUACCAACCCUACAUCGAUUAAUGGAGUGACUCCCGCCAGCUCUUUGGAUGAACAGGAAGCUGCCUUUGAGUCUGUUUUCGUUGAGACUACUAAGGCUCCAGGUGCACCUGAUUCUACAGCGAAAAAUGGAGAGAAACAAGAUCUUUGAUAUCUUUCACAUUUGCGUGCAGGUGAACAAUAGAGCACUUUUAAAAAUUAUUUCUUACAGAGAAAUUAAUUUGCAGUUGAAUGAAAGCGUUUGCUCAUGGCUGUCCCAGGCAGUUUGCUGCUAGAAGUUACUUAGUCAACACUAGUAUGCCAGUCUAGUGAUCUGGCUGCACUUGACCCUUGAUUGGACCAUGAGGACUUUGUUUCACCUAGCUUUUAGAUUAUGGAGAUUGUUGUCAGUUUUAUCUUAUCUAAAUCUCUAGGCUUAUUGGAACAGUAGGAUAUACAAGUUGCCUCAGAAGGGAUCAUUAAUGCUUUUUAAAGUUCUGAGUUAAUUGAUUUGAAGUCUUCAAAAAUUGAGUGAUAACAUCUACUUACAAGAACAGGCAAAAAGGCUGAAUUUUUAUAACCUUUUAAGUAAACUAAUAAAAAUUUUCUGAUCU